AAUUUUCUGUUUCCCUUAUUAAUCCCGGGAGAGACUCCAAGGAGCUCACACACACUUCUGCCAUGGGGACCAUGCGAUUCCUGAUAUUAUUGGGGUCUCUGACCCUCUUAUUAUCCCUGAUGGUUUCAGCCCACUCCCAGCCGGGGAACAGAGAAGGGGAUCAUUUGGACUCUGUCAAGAAAAACUCAAAACAUGGUCAUCACACAAACAGAAGGAAUGAGAACAAGGAGGUGACGCGUCGCACUGGUGUCUUUUCCGCUUUAGGAGGCGAACGUGACCGAACAAAACUGUCGAAACCUCGCCCCGGAUUCAUCUCUACUGUAUCAGUUAAAGACACCCCCAAUAUAAUGGAUUUAUCCAGACAUUCCCUGGAGAAUGGACGGAGGAGGAGGCAAUCUAAUGGGAAGUAUGGAAAACCCAGGAAGCCGUGUCCUGGCUGCUACUCUGCAAUGACAAAGCCACAGAAGCAGAAAAGGAAAGGUAGAAACAAGGAUGGGACUAAUAACCCUCCCAAGAAGUGCCGGGGCUGCUUUCACCCCCCAGGGCGAUCAUUAGAGCUGAAGGACUUGGAGGAGCGUGAGCCAUCCAGGAAAAGGGGACAUAAAAAACCAAAGGACAGGACACACCCACCCCGCGGACUGGGGAGAUCCAUGAAGCAGGAGAGAGAAGAUUCCGAAGGCAGAAGAAAAGAGAGAGGAAGAGGGGAACAUCGCCACGGAUCACUAUCAGGACUUGCAGCAGAGGAAGAGCCAAGGAGACCCCACGGCCACCACAAGAAAGAGAAGCAUGGAAAGCACCGGAAGAACCAUCAGCAUGAACAUUCCGAUGGGAAGGAUAAUAAAGAAGAGUGAGACCAGCACCAGAGAUUGGGACAGAGAGGAAACCACUGGGAAUCGGCCUCUCUGUAUCCUCUCCUAGUGAGCUGCCUCCUGUGUUUUACCCACAAUCUCUCCCCAACUGACAGUUGCACAAUUGGCUCCGGUACCAACGAUGUCUCGUGCCUCUCUGUAUCGUCACUGUUCCUCUAUGAUCCUCACUGUCAUUUUUAUCUGCAGAAAUAAACCUGCGCAAGAUCACAAGAUCCCUUAGGGCCUCUCCUUGUGCACUGACCUCCUGCAUUGGUACCUACUGUAUCACCUACUGUAUCUGCCCACAACAUUCCAGACCACUGCCCCAUUACCCCUCUGUAUAAUACCCACACCCUCUUUGUCUAUUUCCUGUCACUUUUUAUAUUGAUUUUUUUAAAGAAUGUUAAUAGAAGCCCCCCAUGUGCUGUGCCCCCUCCCUGUCGCUCCCUUGUUUUUUAACAACCUGAAUAAAAGUGACAUGACUGUG